AUGAGACCCUUGGGAGUGGAAUGGCUUGACGGUGUCAAGCCGGAUAAUUUACAACAGAAGGCCAUGCCGAAGGGUCUGAAUAUCUCAAGCACUGUGCCUACUAUUGUUGCAUGUUGGCGUGCGCAUAUGAACGCUCUAGUGAGGGUGGUCGAGAAUUCAUACUCGACUGCGUUAAUCAUGGAGGAUGAUGCGGACUGGGACAUCAACAUUAAGGCUCAGUUGACUGAAUUUGCCCAUGGGCUUCACUCAAUACAAGGCAAUAAAAGGGUUUCCCGAGAGGCCCCGUAUGGCACAAAUUGGGAUGUUCUCUGGAUCGGUGGUUGUCUGUCCGGGCCAAGCUCCAAUGAGACCCACUUCUAUGCUAUACCGAAUGACCCUACUGUCCCUAGUGUUGAACAGCGCCAAGGUGCAGCGGGCAUCCCAGAAUCAUGGAAAGAGACGUUCUCGGAGGAUUCUACGCGCUAUAUUUACAAGGCAGCAGCGGGAUGCUGUUUAUAUGGGUAUGCAGUGACUAGCCAAGGGGCGAGAAAAAUACUUGCCGCCUUGUCCGUUGAUCAUAUUGAGAUUCCAGUUGAUAAUGCCUUGAGCGAUCUAUGCGGUGGCGCUGCAGGUCGACAGAGCAUUUCAUGCUACGCUCCAUCGCCUAACCUGAUUGGAACAUAUAGGCGAGCAGGCCCAUCAUCUCAAGAUUCAGACAUCGAAAGUUAUGAUCCGACCCACUUUCACGACGAAAGAUCUUGGAACAUGGUUUUCAGCACCAAGCGCAACAUUCAUCGGCUAGCCGCUGAUGAGAAAACCCUUUAUUCUCAGUGGAGAGAUUCCCCUGAGAAAUGGCAGCAGACGGAAAUGAGUUUGGAUGAGUUUAUGUAUCCUCGGGGGCUGCUUGUUGACCUCUAA